AUGAAAAGCAUAAUAUUAACCACAUUAUUGAUAAUUUAUAGCAAUGGAUUAACGUGUGUGGCAAAUAGUGAUGGAACAGUAGUAGACUGUGACUGCAAAGGAGAUUGUGUCAUUGAUUAUACUGAUGUUACAAAUGAUAUAAUUUAUGCUACAAUGAAUGCUACUGAAUAUUAUUUAAAGGAUAAUGCUGAAGUUAAUGCACAGAAUGAAAUCUUUGUUAAACGUAUUAAUGCAGUAAACUUGACACUUUCUGGUUCUACAAUAACAAUUAAUGAUCUUAGGGCAACAAACAUAUGGUUUAAUACACAUGUUAAUAUUGAUAAAUUGUAUGUAUUAGGAAAUAACAUUGGGGCAGAGUAUAAAGUUAAUAUUUAUCAACCAAAUGAAGUUCAUGUUAAUAUGCCAAUUGUUGUAAAUAAAAUAGUUUCUUCAACUUCAACACUAUUUAUUAUGAAUGAUAUUCUUACAAUGAAUAAUAUACGUCCACAAAUAUUUGUUGGAAUUUCAAUGUUUAAUGUGUUACCUGCUUUUUCUUUUUCUGGAGAGAAAGUUAAAGUAGUUAUGACAUUUAAUGUCACAAAUUCGUUACUACGUCGUUUACCUGGAGGUACAUGUAAAAGUAUUUGUAAUCAAUGUAAUGCAGUUUUUCAAAGAGGGUUAACCCAAUUUAAUUUAAUUAUGACAAACGAAACAAGUAUUUGUAAUGUAGUUAAUAAGGGAUGUCAAUACAAUACAUUAACACAACAAUUUGAAGACUUUAACCAAAUAAUUCUUGGAACGAGUGUAUCAAUGAAAUGUGACAUUGAACCAUAUAUUCGUCCAGUUAUAUUUGUCAAUGAAACUACUAUUAAUAAUAAUAAUGGUAUAAAUGGUUCAUUUGUUUCUAUUGCACCAACUCAUUUUAAAGGGACAUUUUACUUAAAAAAUUUAGCAACAAUAUCUGAUGUUAUUAUUGAUGACCCAGUAACUAUAGAAAAUGUAGUUGUAACAAAUGGAUCAUUAGUUGUUGGGGAACUAAUAGCAGAUCAAAUUAUAGGUACAAACAUCACAAUUACUAAAAAGUUAAAAACAAAUACAUUAGUAGCAACCCAACUUCUUAUUAAAAAGAAUUCUUUUAUUGAAAUACCUGAUGGUAUGGUUCAACUUACUGGAACAACAGAAAUUGAAGAAAAUGUUAUAAUUAAUUUUACACAACCUAAAUUAACAAGUGCCUCAGGUAGUGUUUCAAUUGUUCAAGCACCAGUAAUUAUGUUAGACGGUAAUUUAACUAUUCAUCAUCCAAAUAUUCCAAUGAUUAUUGGAAGUCAACAAGUUAUUUUUGGACAAAAUUUAAAUUUAUCAGUCAUUUAUCAUGAUGAAGGAUUUUAUAAUAAUUGUAUAUCUGAUGGACUAUUCUUAUUUAAAGGAGUUCAAGUACCUUAUGUCUCAGGAGGACAAUAUCUUUUUAGUGUUAAUGUUUUUUACCCACCAUUGAAUAAAUCAAAAGUUGUUUCAUUAAUUCCAAAUGUUGAGAUGUGUCAUAAAAAAGGAGGAGAUUAUAUUGCUCUUAUGAGAAGUUAUUUUACUGGUUAUGAUCAAAGAAAUUAUUGUCAAGCAAGUCAAGUAGUAUUAAGAGAAGAAAAUCGUUGGUUUAUUCCAAUAGCAAUAGUAGGAGUUAUUUUAAUAAUAUCAAUAGUAUUAUUUAUAUUCUUUAUUAUGAAAUAUAGAGUAGAUAAAAAGAAUGAAGUGAUAUUAGAUUAA